AUGUCUACACCACGUGGAGGUCCGGGGAAAAUGACUAAUCCAGAUGAUGAAGCCGCCGCAGCUCAGCUACACCACGACCUCAAUGAUUCUAUCAGACAAGCCCAUAGGACAGCUCGGCCUAUAUUGACUCAUCUGAAUGCAGAUACGACAUGGUUGUUGUCAAUACCAAAGCCUGACUACCGUCCCUUCCACUCAACUCGUUCUCGAUACAACCUACUGAUAGAUCCAUGGCUACAAGGACCACAAUCAGACGUCGCUGGUUGGUUCUCCAAGCAGUGGCAUGCAGUAGAGAGCAGUGUUGGCUCAAUCCUUGAGCUGGAUGAGCUCCUCCGCGACGCCGAGGCUUUCGAGUAUGAGCGCCAUGCUACUUCAGAGACCACAGCCCGAAAUUCAUAUAUCGAUGCAGUGGUGAUCUCCCAUGAAUUCACCGACCACUGCCACAAGGCUACAUUGCUAGAAGUUAAUACCAAAGUUCCAGUCUUUGCUACUGGGAAAGCAGCACAGCUCAUCCGGUCAUGGAAUCAUUUCUCAACCGUCAUUGAAAUGGCAUCAUUUGGCAACGGUGAGGAUUGGCGAACUACAAGCACUCCUCCUUUACCAGAAUGGAUCGGUAUCAGCAGAAUAGUGACGAGCUCGGACGCUUUAUACUAUCAUUCUGCAGUGCUGAUAUGUACUCGAAUUUCAGAUUCAGAGUCUGAAGCAGCCGAAGCAGUGAUUUACACGCCACAUGGAUUGGCAGUGUCUGGUAUUGCUACCAUAACAACCGCGAAGCCGCCAAUAGACUCCUUAGCUCUCUUACAUGGAUUACACGAUAUCUCGCUUGUCGGUAACCAGCUCAACCUAGGCGCCGUCAACGCGAUCAAAGCUCAACAAUUGCUGAACGCAAAAUUCUGGAUCGGAACCCACGAUGAAGAAAAAAAGAAAUGGGGAUUGAUUUCACCCUUCCUUCGAAGAAAGCCCUUGACUGUCUCAGAAGCUUUCGCACAGGUGCAAGCCACAGCCAAGGUUGAAUUUGAUGGCACAGAGGCUAUGAUUGAGGAACCCAUAUAUGUGGAAUUGGGAAAUGGAGAGUCACUCCUACUGGCGUGA